GGCGGGCCAGUACCUGAGUGUGCGCCGUGCCGGUCGGUGCCGUCAUCAUGUGCUCGCCGCGCGCCGGCCGCCGGCUGCUGCCGCUGCUGGCUGUGGUUGCUGCCGCCGCCACCGUAACCCUCGCCCUGCCCUCCUCGGGACCUCAGAGCCACCGCAUUCACUCGGACUGGAGUCUUCAUGACGAUGAGUAUGUGCUGGCUUACAUCAACGUGACAUAUACUGACCCCGUCUCUGGGGCGGUGAUCCACCAGGGCGGCGAGAUCGGCAAGUUUUCCACCGGUCUGGUGGCCAGCGCUCGCGGGCGGCUGGUGCACGUGCGCUCCCGAAAUGGGACCGCCCACCACGGCUGUGACGGACGAUAUGAGAACGAUCUGCCACCGGCGCCACAGCCGUGGGUGGCACUGGUGCGCCGAGGACUCUGCAACUUCGACGUCAAGGUGGAGAACGCCUACAGGAAUAAUGCGUCGGCGGUGCUGAUCUACGACUACAAGGAGGGGGAGCUGCACAGGAUUCAUCUGACCCAGCGACAUAAGGACACCAUAGUGACGGUGUUCAUCCCGAAGACGCAGGGCGAGGACCUGGCCCACAUCACCGACAGCGGGGUCGACGUCUCCAUGCAGAUCACACCGGGGAAGCACUUCCGCUACGCCGACAACAACCUCAACAAAGGGCGGGGUCCGAUGCGCAGCUAUUGGCUCUACCUGUUCUCGCAGCUGUGCCCAACGAACAAAAGUACCACGGCCUGUGCCGUCCUGACGUCGGUGCUGUUUGUCUCAGUGUCGUUCAUCCUGUUGAUGGUCAUCUCGCUGGCCUGGCUGCUCUUCUAUUACGUGCAGCGCUUCCGCUACAUCCACGCCCGAGAUCAGCUCACGAAGCGACUGGUGUGCGCCGCCAAGAAGGCCGUGUGCCGAAUCCCGGUGCGGAUCCUGAAGGCUGACGACGCCCAGCUGGCGGAGGGAGAGUGCUGUGCCGUCUGUCUGGAGCCGUACCGCGUCUCCGACCAUCUGCGGGCCCUGCCGUGCAGUCACGAAUUCCACAAGCAAUGCGUGGAUCCUUGGCUGCUGAAGAACAGAACAUGUCCAAUGUGCAAAAUGGAUAUACUGAAGUACUUCGGGCUGAGCUCGGUCAGUGAGGAGAGUAUCGUCCACCUGGAGCUGGAGGGCGUCUCCGUGGCGCAGAGGCGCGGCUCCCCUCUCUCGCCGGUGCUAUACGUCAGCAGUCAGCCGGCCGGGGCGGUGCCGGGGACCCGGUCCCGUACCGUCAGCCGUGCCAGCCUGCAGAGCAUGUCCCUGGUGAUGCCCAGUCCGGCCUGUGUGGAGAGCCUGCACGGCCACGGACCCACAGCAGCCCGGUGUCGGCGGGUGUCGGCUGCGCUGGCGGCCGGACGGCGUCAGGAGCCGCCGCGCCGCGCCUCGGCACCGACCCAGUCCCCCGGUGGCGGAGGGGGCCGAGAGGCCCUGGCCCGGUCUCUGAGCACCCCCACCGGCCCGGCGGCGGGCACGGUUGGAGUCGGGUCACUUGUGACAAACGCCUAUGAAGUCAUUGCUCUUCCGUGCUCAUCGGGUCCCAUUGAAACGGCCAUGCGUCGCCGCUGCCAGCGUCUGGGUAGGGCUGACACCAGCUACACCCCUCAGGACAGCUCUGAGAGCUUCGAGACGACUGUCCUGGAUCAGCCGGCCGCUGCCGCCGCCAGCCCGGUCCCCGUGAACCAACAGCAUGACGAGUCGCCGACCGAGGCGACACCUGCCGACAGCGAUACUAGCGCCUCUAGUGAGAAACCGCAGCAGCACGCUGAUGUUGUUUGUCAUGUUGAAGAGGCUCUGAAUGAUGAAAAAGUUGACUGAACGCCGGUGAAUGCAGUGAACAUUAAGGAAGGAAUGAAAAUUUUAGAAAAAAGUUCAACAGACUCUUACGAUAGAAUUGGGGCUACUGGUCGUCCAGACUUCCUUUGUAAGAAGGUCUGUGACUGUUGACAACGGCUCAACCAUAGAAGGUAGCCUCCUCAUGGGAUAACGGCGAUGAGGGUAGGACAUCUUAGUCCUGAAGGACCAUAGUCCUGCUAGCAGUAAUCACCUAUUAUUUAUAGGUACUCGUAAUUCGUUACAGUGACCGAAAUUAUUUAUGUUUGUCGUGCGAAAAGCGUACUACGGCCAGUGUCAUAAAUCAUCAUGCAUCACUGCGAUCGUAAUAUUUAUAUUUUGAGCUGUUAGGCGUUUCCUUGUUGAAAUAUGUAACAUAAAUAACAUGUCACUUUCAAAUUCAUUAAUCAUUAGGUGAUGCCCAUUUCAUCUAUAAGUUAGUGUGUAUGACCCGGUCUCUGAAGGAGAUCGGUUGCAGCUGGAGAAUGGAGCAUAUGUUCAUUGUAUUUCAGUGCCAUGUUAUGAUUGUGAUAUAAGCAAAUGUGGCCCGGUGUACGCUGGGCUCAAAUCAGUGGGAUGCAUGAAUUAAGAAUGCUUCUGUGCUCAGCGAGACUUUGGCUACAACUGGCAGAUUCUAUAACCACCGAGGUUACGAAAUUAUGUGAUGAUUGAGAGUUCAGAAUCGGUCGAGGUAAUAUGUUGUAUCCAAGGCUGUAUGUUGUAUCCCACCAAAUGGUCGGAAUAUGAACGUAGAAGUGGCAUAAACGCUACGUGAACCUAGGUAAAUAAAAUCGGUAGAAGCGU